AGUUAAUUUUCAAAAAAAAAAAAAUUUAGUUUUGCAUUAUUAGAAAAGAAACUACAUUUUGGCCUUAGGAAUCAAGACUUAUCUGGCCAAAUCUCUUGUGUUGACAAACAACUAUGGAGAACGACGAAGAAGUAACCGUUAAAAUUUGGAAGCGAGACAUAACACACGCUCUUUGGGUUACAAAAAACGAAAGGCAGCAAUCGCUAACAGAAUUACGGAAUAUUAUAAAGAAACAAGGUCUUCAAGUUCCAGAAAAUUUUUGUUUUCUUACCGCCGCAGAAAACGUUGUUUCAAUCGCCCAAGAGUCGACUUUAACGCUGGAAAAGAUAUCGCUGGGAAUAGAAAAUCCACACACUUUGGAUACAGAAACCAAACGCGGUUAUGAUUUUACAAUACACAGUUUGUGGUUAGUUGAUGCGAGUGAAGACAAUCGAUCUGGCUGCUCGACCACAAGUAUUACCAGUGAACAAACAAAAAUGCUUCAGUCCGAAAAACAAGAGAAAUCUCAGACUCAAAAUAAUGAACAUAAUGAUCCAAAAUCAAAAUUUCGUUUAAGUUUUUCUUCAGCAGAACUUUAUGACAUGAUCAAACCCAUGGCAGUAUUAAAAAUUUUUAUUAUAUCGACAUUCACCCUCUUGAUUUUAAUGGUCAUUUUAGCAUAUUCAUUGCACAUAAUGAUAAUUUUAACAGGAGGCAUGUGGAAUUUAUUCUCUUCUUCACCACUGACAUCACAAGAAGGGGAAUCAGAAAUGCUAAUGAAUCUGAAGAUGAAGCUCUCAAGUCUUGAGAUGAGUAGCCAGUUGGAGCUACAGGAUGUUAAGAGAAAGCUGUCAGAGCUAGAAGAUUUGUACAUUGUUGACAUAGAGGUACUCAGAAAGGAGCUAGCAUCCCUCAGAAGAGGUCAAACAGAACAUGAAAAAAAAACUGAUGACGUUAUGGGCACAAUCUCAAUGAGAGUUAAUAGCCUGACUUCGACACUGGUCAAAAUGGACAUAGCCAACCAAAAUAAGGGGGAUAUGGAUAAACCAAUCAAGGACAAGCUUCCUGUUGCAGAAAAGAAGGCUGACAAUGGUGGGAAAAAAGAAAACAAGAAGAAAAAGAAAGUGAUUUGAGCAUAAGUGUUCUUAAUGAUUAAGCAAGAUGUCUAGGUUAACUUAAACUUAAUUGGUGUUUAGACCAUCAUCUUUAGUUUGUGGUGUUAAAGCACUUAAAAAAGAAUGUCACUACACACGUCCGAAAUACAAUUAAGUGUUUUUACUGUUGGUGUAUUUAUGUUCGAGUUGAAAAUAUUAAUUUUAAGAAUAGCUCUUAAAUAUUUCUAACGUUAAAACCUGUUUACUAUUUUAAGAACUUAUAACAAAAAUGUCAAGUUAUGUAUUUAUAUUCUAUAAAAGUUUAUUUGAUGAUGGUGAUUAUUUAUAGAUGUUUAAAAUACCAAUCAACACACUUUUGAUUGAUCUAAAAUUCAAGUAUUACAGUCAAAAAAUAGUAUCUUUAAAGCUUGUGGUUGGUUAUUUUCAAAACAUUCACAUUGAUCUGGUUGCAUUGUUUUGUAUUUAUUGUUUAAUGCAUUUAAACUGAAAUAAACCAUGUUCUCAAAAGAUU